AUGUUGCUGGUCUUUAUAAUAUUGACCUGGAUACCCCAAGUUACGCGGAGUGCCUCCUGUGGUACUUCGUCAAUACCGUUUUGGUUCGAAAUAUUGCCCAGUGGGCAGCCUCGAUUGGGGUGUGCUAUACCGAGUUGUUACAGCAAUGAAUUUGACGGUAAUAUCGAUAAAUUGGAUAGUCUUUUUGAGGGUAGAGAUGGUUUCAUUCGGGAAGACGACCUGAAGAUGCAACGAAAUAUUUUCGUUGAAUCGCCGCACCCGUUGGCUAAAUGCGACACGCAGUUCCGGAGAGGGGCGUGCCCAAACGCGGAAAUCUCGUGGAUUGGUGGUUUUAGACUCACUACCAACGGCAGCCUCGAAACGCAAUGCUGUGAAUACGAGGGUAGGCGAUUGGCCAAGAAAAUUGGCAAAAUGACACUGAACAAUAACGAGGCGUAUUCGGGUGGUGCGGUGUUCAGUGACGGACGACAGGUCGCAUUCGACCUGAUCACUGACUUGAGACAACUGGUCAGUAGAGAUGGAUCGUGA